AUGGCAAGGGGACCUUCAUACCUUGUUGGGAUCGACUUUGGCACAACGUAUAGCGGAGUCGCUUGGGCACUUGAUGGAUCAACGGGGUCUGACGAGGACAUCACUUUAGUAUCAACAUGGCAGGAUAAAAGCAACCGAACCUAUGCCAAAGUUCCGUCAGUGAUCGCUUAUGACAAGGCUCGACGUGAAAAAUGGGGCUACCAGGUCGAUGCUUGCACUGAGAGUUUUCGAGGAAUCAAAUUGCUGCUGGAUGAAGAUCAGAAGUUCGAUUAUGCCCAAUCGUUGGCCUCAAGGAAGUUGCUGGAGCUGUGUAAUAAGGAUGCGGUGCAAGUGACCGCGGACUACUUGGAGUGUCUUAUUAAACAUUCCAAGAAGAUCAUGAUGAAAGACCGCUUAAUGCCAGAUGAAGCCAAUAUGAAUUUGCGAUUUGUUCUGACCGUCCCAGCCGUGUGGUCUGACAAAGCCAAAGAUGCGACAAUGAGGGCUGCGAUUCAAGCAGGCAUUUCGGCGGAGGAUCUUUCCCUAAUUUCCGAGCCCGAAGCCGCGGCGUUGCAUGCGUUGCGCAAGGUUUUGCCAGAUUCGUUCUCCGAAAAUGACGUGUUCGUUGUUUGUGAUGCCGGAGGGGGAACAGUGGACCUCAUUUCAUAUCAAAUCAAGACCCUAGAGCCCCUAGAGCUCGUGGAGGUGACCGAGGGAACAGGACGUGCUUGUGGAUCCAUGUUCUUAGAUGAUCGAUUUGAAGACCUCCUUCGUGGUAGAAUGGGCGCCGAUAAGUACGACUCGUUGUCGAAUGUAUCCAAGGAUGCGGUACGAUCUUACUGGCAAGAACGCGUGAAACCUUACUAUACUGGAAGGCAGGAGAAGAGUGAGGUACCCAUUGCAUCGAGCAUAUCGUACAGCGACUCUAAAGACUCCGAUACAAUCAGUGAGGAUGAAUACGCUGAGACCGACAAAUUCAUUCCAAUUGCAGGGGCGAAAGACGAUCCAACGAUUCCCAUUGUAGAAGGGUGCUUCCCGCUGAGCCCUGGCGACCUCGAGAACAUUUUUGAGCCUAUCAUACGGGACGUCGAAGAGCUUGUUGCCGGACAGAUAGCGGAUAUAACACGACUUGGGCGCUCGACAAAGGCCAUUGUCCUUGUUGGUGGUUUCGGAUCCUCACACUACCUUUUCCGCCGGUUGCAAGAAGGCAACCCAGCUGUGAGGAUUGUGCAGCCAGAAGAUGCUUGGUCUGCAGUUGUGAGGGGUGCUGUGCAUCGUGGAUUACAAGGCAAUCAGGUUGAAAGUAGAAUUGCUCGUCAGCAUUACGGAACUAGAUGCAGCCAGGUGUGGCUCUCAGACGUCCAUGGACCAAAGAAUAAGUAUUGGGAUGACUUAGAGGAAAUAUAUCGAGCCAACGAGAUGAGUUGGAUCAUCAAAAAGUCCUCCCCAAUGUACGAGGAUCAACCGGUUAAGUUAGAUUUCUAUGUCAGUGUUCACGUUGACAACGCCGAGAGCAAAUUGCUCCGCCAUAUUACUUUUUACCGCUGCAAUAGUGCGAAGGCACCAAAAGUCGAAGACGACAGUCUUAUAAAGCUGUGUACCUUGGAGGCCGACCUUACUAAGAUUCCUCGAUCUUUAUUUGUGAAGAGACGCAACUCAAAGGGGGUCGAGUAUUACGAUAUCUCAUAUGUGCUUGUGAUGACGUCCGCGUCCGCCGCGCUGAUCUUUGAACUUCAAUUCGAGGGGAUGUCUUAUGGGAGCGUUCGAUCCAAGUAUUAUUGA